AUGGCAAACGCAGGUCCAUCAGUCCACAAAGCUUGCGCUGCAUGCAAGCACCACCGCAGAAAAUGCGAUCAAAACUGUGCACUGGCGAAGUAUUUUCCGGCGGAAAAAUCCGACGAUUACGAAAACGUGUACCACCUUUUCGGCAUCCAGAACACGCUGAAAAUACUGAAAUCGGUGGACGAAGAUGAAAGAGAUGCCGCCAUUGAGAGCCUUAUUAUGGAGGCGAGAAUGAGAUUGGAAUAUCCGGUGCACGGCCACUUUUCGGUGGCGAGAAAGCUUAGUAUCGAGAUUGAAAAGGCGGAGAAAGAGCUUGAAAUUGUCCGCCAAAAGAUUCACAUAUGUAAAGGAGCGGAUAAUCGGGCCGGCCCGUCGACCCGUGGAGGGCAGCCCGAUCAACUGUGA